AUGACUGUGCCACAUGUACCCUCCUCUACGUACAUUUCUUCCCAACUAGAUGAGCCAGUCAGGCUGCUGUCUCUAUCUUCGCACAGCAAGAAUACAGAGAGAAUCCACAUGACGCGAAAGACGACCGUCUCGGCGAUGGAAGACUACAAAUACAGUGUGGAUGCUGAAUACGCAGCCGACUUGAGAGACGGGCUCCAUCUGCAUCCCAGAUGUGAUAGGGACGAGACACUACCAACAGGGCUCUUGCUUACCAGCUCGCUGAACGAGUCUCAAGAGGGACGGCGCGGUCUGGGAGAAGAUCUCAGACGUAGAUCGUCUUCCUCGGACCACAACACAGCCAGCUGGGAGUCUCUCCGGGGAGAAGGGUCCUGUCCCAGCUUGGAUGGGAGGGCAUACUCCUACUCUCCUGAAAUAGGCCGCGUAAUGGGCUCUGAUGAGGAGGCAGUGAUGGCCAGCAGCAUGAGAGAUGAUGAUCUUGUCUCUUCUCCUUCACAGACUGAAACCCCUCUGCUCCACCCGCCUCCAUCAGCCAGACCGUCGCCCUCCCCCGUGAGUCAAACAAUGACGCCUCGUGGCGGGACGCGUUCGUCCUCUCUCUCGUCAGACAGCUCUUUUGAGCUUCCUACUCCCCUUCGUGGCCGUUCACAGCCAAUUGACAUCCGCCCGUCACCAGUCAGACAUGGGCUCGACAGCACAGCCAGUUCCAAUAGCUUUCGCCAUCACUCAGACUGUGACUCUGCCAUCUUACUGCCCCGAUCGCCUCCACAGAGAGUGAGGUUGCCGCCCUGUCCAGGUUGUUUCACUACAGCUGCACAUCAAAGUGAAAGUGAGCAUCAAACAGGCAUUCACCAACACACAUCUGGUCUAACAUCAGAGAAACGACAAGACUGUGCUUGUGGGAGGUCUGCAAGACUCCAUCCUCGUUCUCAUCAUCAUCAUCAUCCUCCUGCUCUGAAGAAGCAGACUGGCCUUCCUAUCCAAAACCAUCCUGCCAACAGUGACGUGAGCGUUCUCGACCUGGGGCCUAGUUUUGUCGAUGAUUACAACGACACCAGUACUACUACCUUGGGCAGGACCAAACCUACCAGAUACAGUAACCUGAGGAGGAGAAAUAUCGGCGAAGAUGGCAAUGACGAUGACACGUCUGGCGACCAGGGAGAAGAACGAAGUGGUCAUCAUCUCCACCGGUCAAACUCGUUGUCAAAUGCUUCUUCCUCAUCGUCAGAGUCAGUGUCGUCGAUAGACAACAUAUCUGUAGCCAGCAUGGGCGGAACAGCGACUCUCUUUCCUAUCGACGAGGAUCUCUACGAGUAUGCGAGCAACAAGCAUACUCACAACCACAAUCAGAACAAUAGAAGCACCCAUGGUAAUACUACUCGCAGUGGACACGGCCACAGACACAAUGACGUGACUACUACAAUCUCUUCUACUUCUACUACUGCUACAACCACAACGAAGACAAAGACAGAAACGACAAUAACAAAAGAGAAGCGAGACGAAAACAAAGUCUGGUCCACUUUUCCUUGA